ACCACAGCUGCUCCUACAACAACCACAGAAGCUUCAACUACAACCAUAGCUGCCCCAACAACAACCAUGGCUGCACCAACUACCAUAGCUGCUCCAACAACAACAUCUACCCCAGUAACAACCACAACUGAUUCUACAACAACUACAGCUGCACAAGCAACAACCACAGCUACUCUGAAUAUGACAGCUGCCCCUACAACAAGAACAGCUUCUACAACAAGCACAGGUACUCAAACAACCUCUGUCCCUACAACAGCAACCACAGCUACUUCUACAACAACCACUGCUGCACCAACAACCACUACAGCUGCCACAACAACAACCACAGCUACUCUGACUAUGACAGCUGCCCCUACAACAAGAACAGCUUCUACAACAAGCACAGGUACUCAAACAACCUCUGUCCCUACAACAGCAACCACAGCUACUUCUACAACAACCACUGCUGCACCAACAACCACUACAGCUGCCACAACAACAACCACAGCUACUCUGACAACAACGACAGCUGCUCCUACAACAACCACAGUGGCUGCAACGACAACCACAGCUGGCCCAACAACAACCACGGCUGCACCAACUACCACAG